UGGUAGGGACGUUUAUCUCGUAGAUAGGGCAGCUGCUUUACUUUAUUUUUCUCCAUCCUCUAAGCUCUUUAUGAUAUGUCUAUCUUUAUGAUCUCAUUACUAUGAUAAAAUAAGUUUCCCCGUUUUAAGAACAAGACUUGUUCUUAUAAUUUGGAAGUGGCUGAAACGCUAACCGCAAAAACCAAGAAAGAAGAGGAAAAAAAGUGAAAAAAAAUGUGUCAAAUAAACAUCUAGAAAAAAAACAUCUAUUAAGUCAAGUCAGUCAAAUUAGGUCAUUACAUUUGGUAUAGAUACGCGUUUAAUACUGUAUCUGGGAAGUUUAAUUAUAAUGUUUAAUAAAAUUUACAUAUUUAAAUAAAACUCCCGAUCAAAACUUGAUCAAAGAAACUGUAUCCUGGAUGCUAUGAUAUUUCUUCUCGGACUUAACAGCGCAUUUGAAACGUGUUAUGGACAUGGAGGAGGAACAGUGUUUGCACGAAUGUGAAAGCUACUUUCAGAGUAAUAAUAUUAAAUUACUAUUUAAAGACUGUAUUGUACAGCUUUGCUUAAAUAAGCCAGAUAAUCCUGUUACAUUUCUGCGUCAAUAUUUCCAAAAGUUGGAGCGGGAACAGGUAAAAGCGGCGGCGGCGGCGCAGGCUGCGUCCGAAGGCGAGGCAGACGGUGAGCUAUCGCCGCUGCCGUUGCCCGGUGGACAACCGCCUCGCCGCCGCGGCGCCAUUAGCGCAGAGCCUGUCACUGAAGAAGAUGCGACUAGUUAUGUUAAAAAGGUGGUGCCAAAAGACUACAAAACCAUGGGUGCUUUGUCGCGAGCAAUAGCAUCCAACGUAUUAUUCACACAUCUGGACGAAUCCGAGCGUGCCGACAUGUUUGACGCUAUGUUCCCAGUUCAAUGUCUUCCUGGAGAAACCGUCAUCAGACAAGGCGAUGAAGGUGACAACUUCUACAUCAUAGACUCUGGUGAAGUUGAGGUGUUAGUGAAUGGAGAACCAGUGACGACGAUAGGCGAAGGAGGCAGUUUCGGUGAACUUGCGCUCAUCUACGGGACACCGCGUGCGGCCACAGUACGUGCGCGAACCACGCUCAAGCUUUGGGGGCUCGACCGUGACUCCUACCGCCGAAUUCUUAUGGGCUCCACUAUCAGAAAGAGGCGCAUGUAUGAUGAGUUCCUCUCUCGAGUCUCCAUAUUAGAAAGCUUGGAAAAGUGGGAGCGUCUGACGGUCGCAGACGCUUUGGAACCCGUAUCUUUCAAUGACGGGGAAACCAUUGUACGUCAAGGAGAGCCUGGCAAUGACUUUUACAUUAUUGUUGAAGGCACAGCAGUAGUUCUGCAGCAACGUAGCGGACAGGCAGAAGGUGCGGCAGUAGAGGUGGGGCGCCUGGGCCCCUCGGAUUACUUCGGCGAAAUCGCGCUAUUGUUGGAUCGCCCACGCGCUGCAACUGUACGCGCCGCUGGCCCGCUUAAAUGUGUCAAGCUUGAUCGUGCUAGGUACUGUUCGAGGUUAUUUAAUCUAUUUUCCAGACCGUGAACUGUGCACUGGAGGAGCUGGUUAGCACCUUUUAGUUGGGUUUGAGAGAGUGCUGGGUCUCUGUGCUGACAUCCUAAAACGUAACAUUGCGCAGUAUAACAGUUUCGUGUCUCUGUCCGUCUAAUAACUGUUCCUAACCCCUGGGGUUAUUAGUCCACAAAUAGACUGAUAACAAUAUUUUCUACCACAUUUGAUAAACAUAAGACUAAACAGUCGAACUGAACAUGCUUAGGAGUGCCAGUUAAUUGUUACUAUUUACUUCAAAAGACUAGAAGUUUAAGUGUUAAUUUUAAAUCAUAGGUCCAUAGUUAAUUUAUUUUCAUUAAAUAACAGGUUUAGGAUGUGCAAUUAUUAUUUCUGUGAAGUAAAUUGUAGCUAAUGUUAUUGUAAUAUUUUGUUUUGUUAUAUGUCAUAUUUUACUUACUUAUUAUUUUAUAAGUCAAUUAUUGUGAAAAAUAUAAUAAGUAUUGCUUUAUCUGUAUUUGAUGAAAUUUGCACAUGAAUAAACUUUUAAUAAAAUUUUCUGCAAAAUAAUUAUUCCAUCAAAUUAGACAUAUUACUAUAUUAUACAGGUGUCUAUUAAGUCGACGUCAAGCCGGAACAAGGAUGUGAUGGGGGUCAUGGU